ACUGAGGAAAAUGGCAGGCAGUGUUGGGAAACUAUGCCGAUUACUUUUCAUCAAAAACAGUUGCACAGUUCACAAUACUGCAAUGAAUUGUUAAAUUUCUUUUAGCAUCGCGGAGUUCGCAGGCAGCUUGUUAACUGAACGAAAAACGAGGGAAAUCCCGGAUAGCAGCGACUGCCAAAAGUGAAAGCCCCCAGAAAAAGUACAAGAGAGUAAGCGGAGAGAGGAGGUGGCGAAAAAGAAGAGUCUGGGCGAGAGAAAAACGAUUUUUUCAGAGAACACCGCGAAUUGUGGAACGGGGAGCUAAAACCUGCCAAUAAGGAUUUUAAAUAUAUACUGCGAAAACGGGAGGCUUACGGACAGCGCGCUGCCGAAGAUCGUCAAAAUUCACGGGAUUCAGGGGAUACACGGGAGUCAGCACCACCACGCACCACCUUAUAGCACUUUACUAGCCGCCACCACGCUCCACAAACAGCCAGCCAUCAUGUUCGUCAACUCCAUGACGUUCCGCGGCAAUCCGGCGAACUACCACCAGCAGCAGCCGGCCCUGAAUCACCACACGCUGGCCGCCGCGCACCACCAGCAGCAGCUGCAUCACCAUGCCGCCGCCGCUGGCCACCUGGGUCACGUAGGUGGUGGUCAUGCGGCCAGCAAUCAUCUGGCCGCGGCCGCUGUCCUGGGUCGGCAUGGCCACAAUUCGCUGGGCAGCGGCCACACAUCCAGCUCAUCGCACUCAACUGGAGUGGGUGUGGGCGCUGGAGCUCUGGCCAGCGGAAGCAGUGGCGGCGGGAUCAUCAAUAGCAAUAGCACGCCGGAUAGUCGCAAGAUUUACAUAAAGAACCUGGAGCGGUCCAUCGACAACAAGGCGGUGUAUGACACGUUCUCUGUGUUCGGGAACAUCCUCAACUGUAACGUGGCCAAGGACGAGGAUGGGAAUUCGCGUGGUUACGGGUUUGUGCAUUUCGACACGGAGGAGGCUGCUCGUGCGGCCAUCGAAAAGGUGAACGGGAUGCUGUGCAAUAAUCAGAAGGUGCACGUGGUGAAGUUCAUACCCAGGCGGGAUCGCGAGCAGGAAAAGGCUACGCACUUUAAGAACUUGUACGUGAAGAAUCUGGGCGAGGAGUUCACUGAGCAGCACUUGCGGGAGAUGUUCGAGCCCUACGGUCGCAUCACCAGUCAUAAGCUUAUGCUCGACGACGAGGGACGCUCCCGCCGUUUCGGAUUCGUGGCCUACGAGAAUCCACAAUCGGCGCUGGCCGCCGUGAUUGGGCUUCACGGCAAGCAACUUGGCGACAACAAAUUCUUGUACGUGGCAAGGGCUCUUAGCAAGGCAGAGCGGCAGCAGGAGAUCAAUCGCAAGCUGGAGGAGCGUAAACGCCAGAAGGCUGGACAAAUAUUCUACUAUUAGGCUGAAAAUUGGGCAGCCGAUCGGAGGAGAUUGCGAGGAGUUUACGCAGCACCCACAUACAUACAAUAUAUACACACACAUAUAUAUAAACCUAUAUAGAUAUUUACACGAAAUUGUAUCGAGCAGCUAAGCGAGAAUUCAGGCAGCCAUCAGGCAGAGGGGAAAUAACACAAAAUCCUGAUAAUUGACAUUUAGACGUAGGCAAAUGAGUCGCAACACAGUUGAAAGAUUUAUGGAGGCACCCAAAACACACAGAACACACGAAAAAACUAAAACUAAACAGAACUCGAACUCUCAAUCGAAAGGAUUUUCUAGGACAUUAGGACAACAGUUUCUUAGCACUCACUAGCGUUUUUUUGAAAUUAGAUGUUUGUCUUUACUGUUGAAUUUAGUGAGCAGGGGCUUUGGUGUCAGCUUCUCGCUUAAAAACAAAAAAAAAACACACAUAUUUCAUAAACAAUAUGUAAUGCCAAGACAAGCCCAAAAUUUACACAGGCUCUGUGGCGUACUUGAGAGUUGAAUCGAACGAUAUGAGUCCUGGAAAAAUAUGCAUAUUUACACAUACCUAUAUAUUUAAACAGAACAUAAAAUUGAUGUAACCCUCUAUUAACAAUUGAUGCACUCACUCUACGUAUAUACAUAAACAUAUAUAUAUAUUUAAUGUAAAACCCAUUACACGCUGUAGUUAAAAAGCGUUUAUAAUACUCACACUCUCCACGCUAUAACUAAUACUUUGACGAAAGGAAUCAAGUGCAACACAUUGCGAAAGCGAACCCUACACGUAAUUUAUAUGAUAGACGCAAAUGCGGAUUAAUGAGAAGAACACGUCGGAGCUGAACAGAAAAUGAAAAUAAUAAUAAGCAGGAGGGCCAACUGCAUUUCCUGUGCUCGGUCAGUAAAUGAGUAUUACAAUUUUAGCAAUUACAAGACAUUUUUGUAAUUAAUUGUACAUUGUUUCAAGUAGCAAAACGAAGAAAAGGAAACCACAAAACAGGAUCGUAAAGACAGCAGUAAUAUAACGAAAAAAACAAAAACUAAUUGAAUGUAACCAAUCCAAAAUGUGUACACAAUGCAAUGUUUAAAAUCUUUUUAGAAUAUUAUUAUUGAUGGCACGACAAAAAAAAAACUAUAAUUAUUAAAAAUAGUUUGAUGGCAGGAGGCGUAUAUACAAGUUCGGCCAAUGGCAAAUUAACCCGAAAAAGAAAGCAAAUACAUAAAUAAUUUAAGAUUAUUGAGCUUAAUUUUUAAAAUGUUUCCAAGAACAGCAAGAAAAGAAUAAUAACAUGAAAAGAAAAAAACAAAAUAUUAAGAAAAAACAAUGCUAAACUCACUCAAAAUUUGUAAAAAUUCAAAUUUUGCGUCUAGACAUACACAUGUAUAGUUAAAAAACAAAAAAGAAAAAGAUAAAUACAAACAAUACCACGAAUGAUGAACAAAAAUGGAAAUUACAUAAAAUAGUUAUAAAUGAUGGCAAUAUUUAGGAUGACAUAAUUAAUGUAACCCCUCAUUUGACAAUAUUUAUUUUGCAUUAUAUAUCAUUUUGCGAUUAAGUUAUUCCAAGCAACCUUGAUCCGGAACAGUCGAGAGAUUAUGAUUAUAGUUACUGGACAAAAGUAGUAUUAGGCCUUUCACACUAGAACUCACACGCAGACACAUAUGCAAUAUGAAUUUAAAAAUGAAACAAAUGAAAAUUAUGCAAUUGAAUAAUAAUAUUUACACGAAUGUACAAAACAAAAGAAAAAAAAAAAAGAGAAAUGAAAUUUAAUUUUCCUUUGCUAAGCAAAUGCGACAUACUUCUAUUAUUAUUACAAAUUAUAAUUGUAAUUGCAACUUAAUUUUUUUGGUAAUUGCUUUUGCAGAAUUUACCUAAAACAAAUAAACGAAUAAUAAAUGAAAAACAAAUUUCCCCCCUACCCCCAAAAAGAAUAAGUCCCUUUUAUAGUGCUAAAUUUUUAGAAAGUACAAGAAACGUUAUUUCAAUCUUACAAAAUUAACUGAUAACUACACGGAAACGAGUCCCAUUUCAAACACGGAACUCACACACAAUUAUGCACAUUUUCCAAAUAAAUCAUUACCAAAAACCUGCUUUCGAUUCAAAGGACACGAAUCCUUUUCUUAUUUGUUAAAAAUUGUUUGCUUGGACCCACGAAGGUUACAUUUUUAAUGACUAGCAAAAAAAAAAAACACAAAAACCCACACAAGCACAGAUAAUACUGAACA